AUGUUCCGCAACGCUCUCCGUCAGUCGACGCGCGCUGUCGGCGCCGUCAGUGCUGCCAGCCGAGUCUCCGUCCGAAAUGCCGCACCCGUCGUCAGCUCUAUCCAGGCCCGUACCUACGCCGAAGCCAAGGCCUCUCCCACCGAGGUCUCUUCCAUUCUCGAGCAGCGCAUUCGUGGUGUUCAGGAGGAGAACAACCUCGCCGAGACUGGCCGUGUCCUGUCAAUUGGUGAUGGUAUCGCCCGUGUCCACGGUCUGGCCAACGUUCAGGCCGAAGAGCUUGUCGAGUUCGCUUCUGGCGUCAAGGGCAUGUGCAUGAACCUCGAGGCCGGUCAGGUUGGUGUCGUCCUGUUCGGUUCCGACCGUCUCGUCAAGGAGGGCGAGACUGUCAAGCGUACCGGUGAAAUUGUGGAUGUCCCCGUCGGUGUUGAGAUGCUUGGUCGCGUCGUCGACGCUCUCGGCAACCCCAUUGACGGCAAGGGCCCUAUCAACACCACGAAGCGCCGCCGUGCUCAGCUGAAGGCCCCCGGUAUUCUGCCUCGCAAGUCUGUCAACGAGCCUGUCCAGACCGGUAUGAAGUCGAUUGACGCCAUGGUCCCCGUUGGCCGUGGCCAGCGUGAGUUGAUCAUCGGUGAUCGUCAGACCGGCAAGACUGCUGUCGGCCUCGACACUAUUCUCAACCAGAAGCGCUGGAAUGACGGCUCUGAUGAGAAGAAGAAACUCUACUGUGUCUACGUCGCUGUCGGCCAGAAGCGUUCUACUGUCGCCCAGUUUGUCAAGACACUUGAGGAGAACGAUGCCAUGAAAUAUUCGGUCGUUGUUGCUGCUACUGCUUCUGAAGCUGCUCCUCUGCAGUACAUUGCUCCCUUCACUGGUGCCUCAAUUGGUGAAGAGUUCCGUGACACCGGAAAGCACUCUCUUGUGAUCUACGAUGAUCUGUCGAAGCAGGCUGUUGCUUAUCGUCAGAUGUCUCUGCUGCUCCGUCGUCCUCCCGGCCGUGAGGCUUACCCCGGUGACGUCUUCUACCUGCACUCUCGUCUUCUCGAGCGUGCUGCCAAGCUCAACGACAAGCACGGUGGCGGUUCCAUGACUGCCCUGCCCAUCAUUGAGACCCAGGGUGGUGAUGUCUCUGCCUACAUUCCCACCAACGUCAUUUCCAUUACCGACGGUCAGAUCUUCCUCGAGUCCGAGCUCUUCUACAAGGGUAUCCGUCCCGCCAUCAACGUCGGUCUUUCCGUCUCUCGCGUCGGUUCCGCUGCCCAGCUCAAGGCCAUGAAGCAGGUCGCUGGUUCCCUGAAGCUUUACCUGGCCCAGUACCGUGAGGUCGCUGCCUUCGCCCAGUUCGGUUCCGAUCUGGAUGCCGCUACCAAGCAGGUCCUGAACCGUGGUGAGCGUCUCACUGAGCUCCUCAAGCAGAAGCAGUACUCCCCCAUGGCCGUCAACGAGAUGGUUCCUCUCAUCUUCGCUGGUGUCAAUGGUUACCUCGAUAACGUCCCUGUCGACCGCGUUCUCCAGUGGGAGGCCGACUACCUGACUCACCUCAAGACCAACGAGUCUGAGCUCCUCGCCACCAUUGACAAGGAGGGUGCUCUCAGCAAGGAGCUUGAGGCCAAGCUCAAGGACGUUACGCAGUCCUUCAUCAAGAGCUUCCUCAACUAA